ACUGCCAUUGGAGGCAUAUGCUGCCUUGUAUGUUGUGUGAGAACAAGUGAUAGUGCACAAGUAUUGUGGUCAAAACGAUUUGAAAAAAAAUCAAACAUUUUAAAACAUUAAAAUAAUAUAAAUUUACAAUCAAUAUGGCUCCUAUAUUAGGUAUCAAGGAUUUUCUAAUAAGUCAUAAAUAUCGUUUAAUUCGAAAAAUCGGUAGUGGUUCGUUUGGUGACAUAUAUCUUGGUAUUAAUAUCAGCAAUGGAGAGGAAGUGGCAGUUAAAGUGGAGCCGUUGCAAGCACGACAUCCUCAACUAUUAUACGAAAGCAAAUUGUAUAAAAUUCUUCAUGGAGGUGUGGGGAUACCCCAUAUUAGAUAUUUUGGAACAGAACGAGAAUAUAAUGUAUUAGUUAUGGAUUUAUUAGGACCUUCACUGGAAGAUUUAUUUAACUUUUGUGCACGUCGAUUUACAACAAAAACAGUUUUAAUGCUUGCUGAUCAAACAAUUUCACGUAUUGAAUAUGUUCACUGUAAAAACUUUAUACAUCGUGAUAUAAAACCUGAUAAUUUUUUGAUGGGCAUUGGACGUCAUUGUAACAAAAUAUUUCUAAUUGAUUUUGGUUUAGCUAAAAAAUUCCGUGAUUCACGUACUCGAAUGCAUAUCCGAUAUAGGGAGGAUAAAAAUUUAACUGGCACAGCACGAUAUGCGUCAAUAAAUGCACAUCUGGGUAUUGAACAGAGCCGUCGUGAUGAUAUGGAAUCACUUGGUUAUGUAUUGAUGUAUUUUAAUAGAGGCUGCUUGCCGUGGCAAGGUUUAAAAGCAGCCACCAAAAAACAAAAGUAUGAAAAAAUUAGUGAGAAAAAAAUGUCAACACCGGUUGAAGUAUUGUGUAAGGGUUUCCCAGCCGAAUUUGGAAUGUACUUGAAUUAUUGUCGUGGUUUACGAUUCGAUGAAGCGCCAGAUUAUAUGUAUUUACGACAAUUAUUUAGAAUUCUAUUCCGUACAUUAAAUCAUCAAUAUGAUUAUACAUUCGAUUGGACGAUACUAAAACAAAAAGCAGCUACAUUAUCAUCGAAUAUCACAACUGGCACACAAGCACAGACAUCACAAGGUGUGACCCAACAAGCAGCAUAACAUGAAUAAACAGCCAAUUUAAGGUCUGUGUUCACGGUGUUUAAAUAUCGAUUCAAACAAAAUUACUCAUAAUUGAAUAAUUUGAAUCGUGUUUGUGACAACCAAUGAAUCGAUUUUUACGAAUUUUAGCAUUGUGAAUUCAGAUUUUAAUACUUAAUUCAAUUUUUUUGGAUGGAGAAGCAGAUUAUAAAUCAAUAUCAUUGCUUUGUAAUAUUUCUAAAUAUUGAGUCAAAUGUCUAUUUAGACGUCGAAUAUAUCAAAUAAAAAAUAUUUCCUCGUUUUGUAGUGACAAACCGCGAUUCAGCGGACAACAAGACUUCAUAUAAACCUAUAAUCACUAAUUCGAAGAUCUCCAAAAUCUCAGCAAGUCAUUUAUCAAAAUCGAAAUAAACAUAAAAACAAAUCUUAUUUCGGUUGAUCG